CACCUUACUUGAUCAUUUAUCAAACAUAAUGAAAAACGACUUACUAGUAGAUGAAUGAUGAACUUUCUUUUCUAAUACUUGCUUGUUUUUAUUAUAAAAAAGAUCUUACAAAAAUGUACGGAGCUUUGAACCAGUCACUUACAUGUGAAGGAAACACACACGUGAUCACAGGCGGAGAUGUUUUAAGAUGUAUUGUCAUCAUAAUCAUUAUGUUGCUGAUCAUAGUCGGGAAUGUUUGCUGCCUUGUCGUGUUCAACAGUCCAAAGACGAAGAAACAGUUUAUGAAGCGAGUUAGAUACAUGAUGAACUCACUGUGUUGCACGGAUUUGAGCAUGGGAGUGCUAAUGUGUCCAUCAACAAUCUAUCCAGCUCUCAAACAUUGCUGGCCGCUCGGAGUUUUUAUGUGUAAAUUUGAAGCUCUUCUUAUCUCAGCUUUGUUUCACGAAUCAACAUUAAAUAUGGUGUUAAUAGCUAUCGAUCGUUGCUGUAUUAUACAUUGUUCAAGAUACAACAACAUAAUGACGUCAAAAAGGUUUUUGUUUGUCAUCAUAGGAACCUGGGUGACAGUAUUCACUUGUUAUGCUGUUGUUAUUUUUGGAACAGAUCAAUUUUACUACGACAACAUCGGAAUAAACUGCGAGCCGUUUUAUCUAGAACCGAAAGUAACGCUUACCGUUCUUAGUAUAUUCUAUUUUGUACCAGCAGUUAUAUUUGUUGUCUGUUAUGGUUCGAUAUACAGGACUGCCACACAGAGAAAGGUUUUGACUGUUUCUCCUGACGAUAAGCAUGGUAAAAUGGUAAACGCUAACAUACGGACAUCGAAAUACCUGGCAGCUAUCACUGGUGGAUUCUUCGUCGCUGUCUCACCGUGGACUCUUUGUACGCUCAUUAUCGUUGCAGCUAAAGUAACGCUUCCGGAUGAAGCUGAUUUCUUUGUCACGUGGUUAGCUCUUAGCAACAGUUUCUGGAACUGCCUGAUAUAUGGAUUAAUGAACAGAAAAUUUCGCCGCGCAGCAUUGAAAUUUGCAUGUGGAAAGUGGAUUAAAUCUAUCAAGGAGUCCGUGUACGUAAAAUCGCACGAUGAAAGCAGGGACUUUAGUGAAGAUUCUACAGCAUAUGCUAAUUACAAACGUAGACAAAGUAACAAGAAGAAGGCCAUGAGUAGAAAUUGCGAUGAGAACAUGUCAAUUACAGUAACAGGAAGCAUGUCUGCAACAAAUACACCAAACCAUUCUCCUGCAACUAUUCCAAAAAUAGCACAUACUAGAACACAGCAUAAACAAGUAACAGAACUGAUUCAAGAAACUAAAGGACUGUGAGAUUAUUUACAAUAAUUUGUGUUAUCUGUCCUCAUUAAGCAGAGAAACACUUCACAUAAUUAUGAUUUCUUAUUCAUUAUCUGAACGAUAUAACGACUAUUUCCGGACUUAAUUAGUACAAACGUUAUCUGAUUUUGAUGUUGAAGUUUUAAUAACAAUGUAAUUUGAUGAUAAGUGUUAAUUGAUAUUGAUUUGUCAUACAUGUAUAGCACUUACUCAUUCAAAUGUUUCAUUGCUAUAUUUCAUGUAUUCACAGCAAAUUUAAAUUUUGCAACUUUAAUAGGUCUUGGACUGACAAAGAUGUGUGACGACCUUAAGUAACGGUAGAAAUUCAAACAUGUCAAUAUAUAGAUAUAUUUUGGUACUGAUAAUAAUUUUGUCAUUUUCAAUGCAAAUAAAAUGUAUUUUCCAAUAACAUAAUUUCAAAUUAGUGCACAAAGAAAUAAUGACAGGUUUUGCUGUCUUACAUAUUGAUAAUAUAAGUAUAUGACAUCUUUUAUUGCCUUUUAUAUAUUUGUAAAUGACCAAACAUUUAUUCAUUAAUUAAUGUCGACAUGACAAUAGAUCUGAAACCUAAAAUGAUUAAUGAAGUUUUCAAUAGGAAGUAUGAAUGGAUUCCUUCUCUUUGUGGAAGUAUUUACUUUUGUGCACUUAUUUCACAAUAUGCAUUUACUUUGUUUGAUGUCUUAUGUUAUCAUUGUACAUUUUGCCGUUUAUGAAACACUCUUACAUGACAUGAAAGUAAACACUAUUUCAAUGAAACAUUUUAUCGUAACUUUGACUCAUAUCAGUAACAAUUCAAUUUCUUAAUACAAUGUAAAAAGUUUUGUUCUGCUGUUUAUGAUUCACAGUGCACUUUGCUUCCGUUUGUUUUAUAUGUAAAUUAUUUUAUACGUUACAUGCAUAAAUGCACAUAUAUGGCACUAUUUCAUCGUUUAGUCAUUUUUUUCUGUAAUAUUUGAUUUCGUUUUGAUUUUAUUUUUAAUUUUGACUUGGUUUAUUUAUGUAAUGUAUAGUACAUAUUCGAAAUCAAUUAAAAAAUUGAUUGCAUUCUUUUCUUUGUCAAAGCUUAUGAAUUUUGUAUAACAAAGAUUUAUAAAUAAUAAUUAUGGCAUCUAAUCGCAAGCAAAUUGAAAGCAAAGUUGUUGAAAAUGCAAAGUUUUUAAAUAUAACUUACAAGUUAAGAAAUCAAAUCUAACUCAUAAAAAUAUUAUCGCUUCCACUAUUUUUAUGUGUCUUACGAAACUAUUUAGUUCGUUACAGAAAAGAAGCAAAUGUAUGUAGCUCGCGACCUCCCGCUUAGAAACGAAAGUCACCACAAUUUAGACCACUGGACAAUUUAAGUGUUGAUUUUUUAUUUGUAUGUGUUACAUAGUUUGCCAUCAUUGCAAUGAUACAACAUGUAUAUGAAUUGUAUUAUUUAUGUAAAAUAUAUCUUUUAACCA